AUGCAGGUUAAUGGCAUCGACCUACGCGGGGCCACCCACGAGCAAGCGGCUGCAGCACUAAAGGGGGCGGGCCAAACUGUCACCAUCAUUGCCCAGUACCGUCCCGAGGGUAAGUAUCAGCUGUAACGACCAAUCACUGAGAUUCAUGAUCAAGGCGAAAGGCACAUGACAACACACACUCUAGAACAGAGGUCGCCAACCUGUCAAUUGCGAUCGACUGGUCGAUCUUAAGGCAUUCCUAGUUGAUCGGCAAACUUUUCUGUAGAAUAGCCAACGAUAAAGCAAUACACUCCCAUUUAUUAAAUUCCUCUCAUGCUAUUAGCGGUAGGUACAUUUGAUUAACCAGACCAACUCAGUGGCCUUGUGUCCGCCCUGAGAUUAGAAGGUUGGAAGUUCGAUCCCAGGCCGAGUCAUACCAAAGACUGUAAAAAUGCGACCCAAUGCAUCUCUGCUUGGCACUUCGCAUUAAGGAGAUAGAUUGUGGGUAAGGCCCUGCGAUAGACUCGUGUCCUGUUCAGUGGUGUACUUGUACAUCAAGCUGCCUCAAGCUACAUAAACAGAAACCAGCUCCUCUGAGCCAUUCCAGCUCACACAAGCCAAGGCUUGUGCAAGGCUACUUACUGGGAAGGCGAAGUGGUCCCGUUUUGAAAAAUGUCAUUGGUCUGAAUGUGCAAAUUCAGCUACCUGGGUGGUGAGAGGUGGACCCUCUGCUGCUCUCUGCCUCCAUUUGCUGAGAGAUUGACCUUCAGAUGCAGGCACUGCGAGUCCAGUGAAAUAAAAUAAAAAAAUAAAAUGUUUCACUACCCAACCCUCAUUCAUACAGCACUGUUUUUAAUGUUGCAUUGGCUCAGAAAAGGUUAAUGAUCACUGCCCUAGGAAGACCAAAUCCUGUGUACAAAUAUUGACAUAAUUUCACACUGGCAAAUAAACACAUAACCCACGAGAGACAUUUUCUGGCCAGCUUCCUCUUAAAAAACUCCAGUACAUUGCCUGUGAUGCACUGGGUAUGCUUUGAUUGGUGUGCCAAGACAUGCCAUAUUGGAUUAAAGUCUUUGGCGAUACUUCAGGGGAUGACUGCAGUAACAGUGAGUCAUGGGCCUGGACUUUCAGAAUCACUGUGUAAAGGUGCAUUCUGGGAAGAUUGUUCUGUUCUGAAUUUGUUUGUCCGAAGAUUGUCCUUAUAAUCAGUACAGGGUAUGAAGUUUGAGGCUGUUUUGACACUGGGGAUGUAAGUGCCUGCUUGAAUCGUGUGGUUGAGAUUUGACCAAAAACAGACACACAGGACUCCCUGCUGACGAUCACUCCCCACACUGAUGACUGCUCUCUUUUCUCACCCGUCAGAACUUGCUUUGUGCUCCCCACGCCGGGCCCCUUCACCAGCACCAGGUUUGUGCCAUGUGAUCAGCACCCAGGGUCAAAGUUGAGCAAUCUGGCCCCAGUGGCAGCUCUGAACAUGGACGUUCCUCACGGGGGGGCUUGGGUGGGUGGGUCACUGGAGUGUGGCCAGUCACUGGCAGUCCACUUACCCCUGCUCAUUCACGGGCUUACUCCUGGUAUCAGACAGCCCCUCCUUCCCCUUUUUGUCCCUCACCUUCCCACCUUGCAAGAUCUUACUUCACCCCCUCUCCUACACACCAACACAUACAGUACACAUACUGCAGAUCAGGGGUGGGCAGUAUCCGGUGCCCGAUAAUGAUACAAUUAUUUUGGAUAAACGACUUCAGUCGACACCUGAAUGUCUAAAAUCAUAUAAAAAGUAUGUAGAAAUGAAAAUUCUGAAAAUCUAAAUCCCGAUGUGGUCCUCAAGCCAAAAAUAUUUCCCACCCCUGAGGUAAUUCUGAAUAACAAUACUAACGCACAUUUGCUCGUAGAAAUGUAUUAUCGGAUAAGUACCUGUUGCCUUCUUCUUUUGGGCACAUCCAACUGGAAGUUAGCUAACUAGUUAGCUAGCUAGGUCACUAGCAAACUGAACCGUCUGCCAAUAUAAUUAUAUAAUUGAUGGCAAUCAAAUGAAAGCCUGCCAGUUCUGUUUUCCCUAUGAUUUUGGCAACAGCAGGUCAGAGAAGAAAUGUAGGAGUAUGACAGCAAUCCUUUCAUUUUAGUCUAUAUAUUGUGAUGACGGUAUAUAACUGCUGAAUACAAUCAUCAAGCUUUGCAAUUGUGCUUGCUUCCAUAUUAUGGCAGGUCACCUUCACUGCAGGAAAUGUAAAGGACAUUUUACUUUAAGGGCCAGAACUGUAAUUGACUUGUAAAUGCCAGUACAGUGCCAUAAAAUAUAUUGCUGCUGAGUAAUUGCUUGUGUAUUUGAGAGUUUUUGGCAGUGUAGCAAAUCCCUCAACUUAGUGAAGAUUUAACUGAAAGUUAAAAUACUGCUUUUGAUACCAGAACCGCCUAACUAAUAAACCAAGAUGCAAGAUUAAUCACUGGAUAUUCAAGUGUAAACAGAACCUCAAGUCCCAAUCAACACUUUACAACAUUUUGAUCCUUCCACUCCACCACUACUUUACCCUUCUACAGCCUGUGGUGAACCCUGUCUUUCGUAUUUUACUCUGCAUGUACAGAUGCAUACCUCAUUCCCAUUCACACCUUCCUAUAUGGCUGUGACCGAAUUCUUAUAUUAUGUCCUGGGUCAUUAUUGAAUUUGCGUGGCAUUUAGGUCCCUUGCCUUUGCAACGAUGAAAAACACUUUAAAGUGACAAAUAGUUACACAUCAUACUCUUUUUUUAAAUGUUGAAAUGUUUAUUAAUGAUAAAACAUAAUAUCAAGUUCUUUAUACUGCUAAAAAGUGUUGAUCCCACUGGCUAUAAGGUGAAUGCACCAAUUUGUAAGUCGCUCUGGAUAAGAGCAUCUGCUAAAUGACGUAAAUGUAAAUGUAAAUGUAAACUUUGCAAUGUUUAAAGUACUUAGAGCAGACAAAUUGGCUUGUCCCAGUAAUGAUGAGUUGAAGUGACAUGUUUUGGGGAUUUAGAGAUCUAUCUAUUAUUUUAAAUACAGAAAGUAUACAAAAGUAUUUAAUAUAUUGUAUAGAUCAAUAAAAACAAAGGUUAUGUGUCCCUUAGUUUCUUUGUAAUGCACCCAACUGUAGUAAAUAUAGAGACGAAAGUAAAAUGAGAAUUCAGUCACAGCCUGUCUUUUAGGUCUUGAUACUAUACCCCAGCUCAGAGCCCUAAACCAAUGCCCACUGUGCUUUUUUCCUGGUGUAAGGCAUUAUCUCACAUCAUCCAUCAACACAUCCUAUUCCAUCCAUCCACACAUCCUUUUUUCACAGAAUGUGGUUUCCUUUUUGCAUUUUCUUCCCACCAAAAAUGUCACUCUUCUUCCUAAAUUGUGUUUGAUAAUGGCCAGAUGUUCUAAACCUUUGUUCUAAGAGGGAAAUUAAAAAUGAAAUUUAAGGCCAACAUUGAAUUGCCUGUAUAAUUCUUCAUUUAUUUAGACUUUUUUUGUUUUGUUUUAUUCAUUCUAAAAAUUACAGACCAACAUUGCACUGGUGCAAAAGCGUAGUAUAUAUGUAACGGAGAAACAGUCAUCAUGAUUCAUGACACAUUCAAGUACAAGCAGAGAGGAAAAUCACUUAUUUUAGGGAGCACAUACUAUUAAUGUCUCCUUAAAAAAAUAUAUGUUUAUACAUUCUUUACAAAAUAAUCUCUGAAUUCUGAGUUUCAUGUCCAAAUUAUCCCAAAGUGUCUAAAAUUGAUUGUGUAGCUCAAUAAGUUAGUAGAAUAUGAUUUACACAUAAAACACAAAAAAUGCCAAAAUCACGGAUAUUCACUUGCAUUGUGAAUAGCAUAUGAACACAUCAUAAACCAUGGAAAAAAUGUUUAGAAUGACAGAAAAUUUGCUUUGAAACUGCACACCACUGAAAGCAUGGGUAAGGGUAAGGAAACCAAUACAGUCCAUUUGGAAAGUAUUCAAACCCCUUCCCUUUUUCCACAUUUUGUUACGUUACAGCCUUAUUCUAAAAUUGAUUAAAUGAAUGUUAUUCCUCAUCAAUCUACACACAAUACCCCAUAAUGACAAAGCAAAAGCAGGUUUUAGAAAUGUUUGCAAAUGUAUAAAAAAUAAAAAACAUAAGCAUUCAGACCCUUUGCAAUGAGACUCGAAAUUUACCUGUGGUAAAUUCAUUUGAUUGGACAUGAUUUGGAAAGCAGUGCGAUAAAAACAACAAACACAGAGUUACAUAUGGACUAAACAAAACGUACAGUCAAUAACACAAUAGAAAAUCUAUAUACAGUAUGUGCAAAUGUAGUAAGUUAUGGAGGUAAGGCAAUAAAUAGGCCAUAGUGCAAAAUAAUUACAAUUUAGUAUUAACACUGGAGUGAUAGAUGUGCAGAAGAUGAUAUAUAGAGAUACUGGGGUGCAAAUGAGCAAAAUAAAUAACAAUAUGGGCAUGAGGUAGGUGGGUGGGCUAAUUACAGAUGGGCUGUGUACAGGUGCAGUGAUCGGGAAGCUGCUCUGACAACUGAUGCUUAAAGAUAGUGAGGGAGAUAAGUGUCUCCAGCUUCAGAGAUUUUUGCAGUUCGUUCCAGUCAUUUGCAGCAGAGAACUGGAAGGAAUGGCGGCCAAAGGAGGUGUUGGCUUUGGGGAUGACCAGUGAGAUAUACCUGCUGGAACGCAUACUACGGGUGGGUGUUGCUAUGGUGACCAAUGAGCUAAGAUAAGGCAGGGAUUUGCCUAGAAGAGAUUUAUAGAUGACCUGGAGCCAGUGGGUUUGGCGACGAAUAUGUAGUGAGGGCCAGCCAACGAGAGCGUACAGGUCACAAUGGUGGGUAGUAUAUGGGGCUUUGGUGACAAAACGGAUGGCACUGUCACUGAGUAGAGUGUUGGAAGCUAUUUUGUUAAAGUCGAAGUCAAGGAUCGGUAGGAUAUUCAGUUUUACGAGGGCAUGUUUAGCAGCAUGAGUGAAGGAGGCUUUGUUGCGAAAUAGGAAGCCGAGUCUAGAUUUAACUUUGGAUUGGAGAUGCUUAAUGUGAGUCUGGAUGGAGCGUUUACGGUCUAACCAGACACCUAGGUAUUUGUAGUUGUCCACAUAUUCUAAGACAUUCCCGCCGAGAGUAGUGAUUCUAGUCAAAUUUUUGAAAGAAAGGGUCCAGAUUGUCUAGCCCAGCUGAUUUGUAGGUGUCCAGAUUUUGCAGCUCUUUCAGGACAUCAGCUAUCUGAACCUGGCACCAUCCCUACGGUGAAGCAUGGUGGUGGCAGCAUCAUGUUGUGGGGAUGUUUUUCAGCGGCAGGGACUGGGAGACUAGUCAGGAUGGAGGGAAAAAUUAACAGAGCAAAGUACAGAGAGAUCCUUGAUGAAAACCUGCUCCAGAGCGUUCAGGACCUUUAACUGGGGAAAAGGUUCACCUUUCAAAAGGACAACGACCCUAAGCACACAGCCAAGACAACGCAGGAGUGGCUUCGGGACAAGUCUCUGACUGUCCCAGCCAGAGCCUGGACUUGAACCCGAUCGAACAUCUCUGGAGAGACCUGAAAAUAGCUGUGCAGCGACGCUCCCCAUCCAACCUGAUAGAGCUUGAGAGGAUCUGCAGAGAAGAAUGGGAGAAACUCCCCAAAUACAGGUGUGCCUAGCUUGUAGUGUCAUACCCAAGACGACUCGAGGCUGUAAUCGCUGCCAAAGGUGCUUCAACAAAGGACUGAGUAAAGGGUCUGAAUACUUAUGUAAAUGUCAUAGGCUGAAGUGAGUCUCUCUGCCUCAUUAGCUGCAUGGCUGUCCAGGGCUUCAUAUACAACUGCUGCAGCAGUGUUUCAUUACAAGAAUAGUUCACCUAAAUUACUCUCACAUAUAAUUACAUAUUUCGUUUCCUUAGCUUCAAAUCAGUCUAUGGACAAGAUACUUUAAAAUUAUUUGGAUGUGAGUCAGCAGUUGGUGACUGUGGCUAGGUAAACCAGAUCAAAAAGUAACUUCAAAGCUACACAAUCCCUUUCAGAGACGUUGGGAUUAUUUGGGCUGGUAGGGGGCUUUGAGCCUUUUCCCCAAAUGUCAAACAAGCAAGGAGCUAUAAAUGUGGAUUUUCUACAGCGCCACCAGGUGGCCUAAUGCUUCCAUAGCAUCACCAUAAGCUACUGUCAUUAUCUACAUCAUGCAUACCAAAUUGCAUCACUAAAUUCACCGGUCCAUAAAUUGUAGUCCUAAGUGUGCAAUAGCGCCAUCAACUGGCCUGGAGCGGCCAUCUUGGAAUGCAACAAUUAUUCCUUUGCACAAUGUCUGGAGACUAGUACAUAGACUCUACAAACCCAAUCUUGGGUGAAUCACAGUUGGUUUCAUGAGAUAGUAUUAACAUUAUGUUAGCAUUUUGGGGUCAAAAUGUAAUUAAACCUCUGGCUUCCAUGUUAUUUUUUAAAAUAUCAUCCCCAAACUUUAUAUGGCGGUGGUGUGAUGACAAGUUCCAAAUUGAUGGAGCAAAGUGGCAUGGAGUUCAAUGGAAAUCGAUUACUGCUUUUGAGCAUAAAAACUAAGUUUCAAGUCAAUAGUUCAUGAGUAACUCAUUGUGCAUUUAUUCCUUGUGUUAUAAUUGUUCUAUAUUUCUCUCUCUGCAUUGUUGGAAAGGGCUCAUAAGUAAGCAUUUCACUGUUAGUCUACACCUGUUUACGAAGCAUGUGACAAAUAAAAUUAGAUUUGAAUAAGAUUGAAGGUUUUUGUGGACGUUUGGUUUGGAUGGGAAGAGGCAUGGGGCUUCACGACAAUCCUGAGAACAACAUUUAGGAGAACUAUCUGAGCUUUCUGUACUGUAUGUGCCCUUCAGACACUUUCUCUAACAUUGUCUGCUUGCUGUAUGUCGAGAAUAUGUCACCUUGCGUAGGGUGUGGUGGAGGGAGGAUGUGUUUGCAAGGGGACUCAGAGCUGUAAUCCGAGCAUUCACUCAAUAGGUGUAGGGUGAAGUUUCCCCAGACACUGAUCUUGGGUCAGUUUUGCAUUUUCGCCACUAAGGCUAGGAUUGGGGGAGGAUAAGUUGAUUCUACAUCUGUACCCCCCCCCCCCAGCCAAUAGGACCGCCAUUAUCAACUCUGUUCUCUGUCCUGUCCCCCGGCCACUUUCACGACCAGACUUUGCAACAUAGUAUUUUUAAACGAUCCAAAACCGAGAGACAUUUGACAAGGCAAAUCACUGGGAAUGAACUUCCUAAGCAACAGUAAAGGAUUGUUAAUUUUGACCAAAUCAUUGAAGUGUUAUGAUAAGCAUAUUGCAGCGUGAAACCUUCCUUUAGCUUAUUACAUGUAAAAAAAAAACUAAAAAAAAACGUUUUUACUUUCAGACAAAUGUAUAAAUCGGGAAACAAAAAUCACACAAUAAUACAUGCAUCAAUCAGUACACCUUUUACAUAGUAAUACAUACAUCAAUCAAUAUAACGCAGUUGAAAACAUUGGUUCUGUCCAUUGAAAUGUAAGCGUUAAAAAAAUUGCACCCUAUUCCCUACACAGUGCACUACUUUUGACCAGGGGCAGCCUAGGUUACUGUUCUGAACAGAUUCCCCUUUCUUUCCUUUGCAGUGUAGGGCUGUAUACAUUGAGUGUAAAAUGGAACGUUAUUGUACUCCUCUGUGUUGUCUUUCCCUUGCAGAGUAUGGGCGCUUCGAGGCCAAAAUCCAUGAUCUGCGGGAACAGAUGAUGAACCACAGCAUGAGCUCUGGGUCCGGAUCCCUCCGAACCAAUCAGAAACGUUCCCUUUACGUCAGGUGGGUCUCUUUUGGACUGUCAUCCCAAAUAGAUAGCAUUUACCGUAAUAAUUCUAUAAUAGUAUGUCUCCCUCUGUUACUAUUACAGGGCACAGUUUGACUAUGAGAAGGCCAAAGACAGUGGCCUCCCGAGCCAAGGCCUCAGCUUCAGGUACGGGGACAUCCUCCACGUCAUCAACGCCUCAGACGAUGAAUGGUGGCAGGCCCGGAGGGUGACCCCCGAUGGGGACAGCGAGGAGAUGGGGGUCAUCCCCAGUAAGAGGAGGUUAGUGGUGGAUGUGCUAAACUAAACUGUAACGUGGUUGACCAAAAGGCUAGCUUCUGAUCCGGGGGGACAGUGGACUUUUUACGUCCCUACCUGUUCGCAAAUUUGCUUGAGAGAUGCUGAAAGAAAAUUCUUCAAUCCUGUUCCCACAACAACAUUAACAUUUGGUGUAUCAUUUUACUGCAAUAAAAACUUAAUUCUACACAAGCUAUACUGAACAAAAAUAUAAACACAACAUGCAACAAUUUUAUAGAUUUGAUUAAGUUACAGUUAAUAAGGAAAUCAGUCAAUUGAAAUAAAUUAGGCCCUAAUCUAUGGAUUUCUCGACUGCUAAUACAGAUAUGCACCUGUUGGUCACAGAUACCUUUUUAAAAAAAGGUAGGAGUGUGGAUCAGAAAACCCGUCAGUAUCUGGUGUGACCACCAUUUGCCUCAUGCAGCGCAACAGGUCCUUUGCGUAGAGUUUGUAACGGUAUUUUUAGAGAGGGGUAAAGAUAAAGCUUUUUGUUCGGGCGCCAGGCAGGUAUUAACCCUGCCGAAAGGAAAAGAGUAGGAUACCGCUACCAGACACACACACACACACACACACAUCAGCAGAAGAGACUGCCUAGAGUGUAGCCUGUUUGCCAGAUACUGUAGCCAGUGGCGAGAAAGUAUAAGACACACCAUUUAAAACACACGUUACAGCACAGGGGUAACCCAACCAAUAAUACCUUGUACAAGAAUAAUAGUAGAGCAAAUCAAAUGCAACUUCAUAGAAACAAUUGACAAAAAAGAACCCAGUCAUAAACCUUAGAGAAUUUGCAAUAUUCUGUAUUACCUCCCAGUGGAAAUGUCAAUAGUCCCACACAAAAUCAAUACUGUUCAAACAAUAAUAAAUAAUAAAACAAACUCACGCAACCUCCCUUUAACUAAAAAGUCAAACAGUCCUACAGUGCAUUUAUUAGUUCACCAAAGGCACUGAACAUGAAAGGGAACGCAGCACAAAGCGAUACAUUAUUUCAGUGUAAAGAGCUGAAGGAGAUCAAGAGAGAUGGGUUCAGCUGUUGCAUCCAGGCUUGAAUGUGUGUGUGUUUGUCCGACACAAUCCUUGGUUGUUUGUUUGACAAAAGCUUGCAACAAUGUUGCUAGUAAUCAAUGAGAUCAGCUCAGCUGGUAGAGCACGGCGCUUGUAACGCCAAGGUAGUGGGUUCGAUCCCCGGGACCACCCAUACACAAGAAAUUUAUGCACGCAUAACUGUAAGUCGCUUUGGAAAAAAGCGUCUGCUAGAUGGCAUAUUAUUAUUAUUAUUAUUAUUAUUAUUAUUAUUAAAGGAUAGAACGGUUCCAACUCGUCAGGAGUAGCGCGAUAACAAAGGCGAUCAAACGUACAGUGAGGGAAAAAAGUAUUUGAUCCCCUGCUGAUUUUGUACGUUUGCCCACUGACAAAGAAAUGAUCAGUCUAUAAUUUUAAUGGUAGGUUUAUUUGAACAGUGAGAGACAGAAUAACAACAAAAAAAUCCAGAAAAACGCAUGUCAAAAAUGUUAUAAAUUGAUUUGCAUUUUAAUGAGGGAAAUAAGUAUUUGACCCCCUCUCAAUCAGAAAGAUUUCUGGCUCCCAGGUGUCUUUUAUACACACUCUUAAAGGGAGUACUCCUAAUCUCAGCUUGUUACCUGUAUAAAAGACACUUGUCCACAGAAGCAAUCAAUCAGAUUCCAAACUCUCCACCAUGGCCAAGACCAAAGAGCUCUCCAAGGAUGUCAGGGACAAGAUUGUAGACCUACACGAGGCUGGAAUGGGCUACAAGACCAUCGCCAAGCAGCUUGGUGAGAAGGUGACAACAGUUGAUGCGAUUAUUCGCAAAUGGAAGAAACACAAAAUAACUGUCAAUCUCACUCUGCCUGGGGCUCCAUGCAAGAUCUCACCUCGUGGAGUUGCAAUGAUCAAGAGAACCAUGAAGAAUCAGCCCAGAACUACACAGGAGGAUCUUGUCAAUGAUCUCAAGGCAGCUGGGACCAUAGUCACCAAGAAAACAAUUGGUAACACACUACACCGCGAAGGACUGAAAUCCUGCAGCGCCCGCAAGGUCCCCCUGCUCAAGAAAGCACAUAUACAGGGCCGUCUGAAGUUUGCUAAUGAACAUCUGAAUGAUUUCAAAGGAGAACUGGGUGAAAGUGUUGUGGUCAGAUGAGACCAAAAUCGAGCUCUUUGGCAUCAACUCAACUCACCGUGUUUAGAGGAGGAGGAAUGCUGCCUAUGACCCCAAGAACACCAUCCCCACCGUCAAACAUGGAGGUGGAAAUAUUAUGCUUUGGGGGUGUUUUUCUGCUAAGGGGACAGGACAACUUCACUUUAUCAAAGGGACGAUGGACGGGGCCAUGUACCGUCAAAUCUUGGGUGAGAACCUCCUUCCCUCAGUCAGGGCAUUGAAAAGGGGUCAUGGAUGGGUAUUCCAGCAUGACAAUGAUCCAAAACACACGGCCAAGGCAACAAAGGAGUGGCUCAAGAAGAAGCACAUUAAGGUCCUGGAGUGGCCUAGCCAGUCUCCAGACCUUAAUCCCAUAGAAAAUCUGUGGAGGGAGCUGAAGGUUCGAGUUGCCAAACGUCAGCCUUAGUGACUUGGAGAAGAUCUGCAAAGAGGAGUGGAACAAAAUCCCUCCUGAGAUGUGUGCAAACCUGGUGGCCAACUACAAGAAACGUCUGACCUAUGUGAUUGCCAACAAGGGUUUUGCCACCAAUUACUAAGUCAUGUUUUGCAGAGGGGUCAAAUACUUAUUUCCCUCAUUGAAAUGCAAAUCAAUUUAUAACAUUUUUGACAUGCAUUUUUCUGGAUUUUUUUGGUUGUUAUUCUGUCUCUCACUGUUCAAAUAAACCUACCAUUAAAAGUAUAGACUGAUCAUGUCUUUGUCAGUGGGCAAACAUACAAAAUCAGCAGGGGAUCACAUACUUUUUUCCCUUACUGUAGAACUUUUAUAAACUAAGCGCGCUGAAACUACACAAGAUUUCUGCAGAGCUGCACACGCAGUCAAAACUGACGCGCAAACCGAGAGCUCCUACACACAGCCAGAAGAGCCAUCUUUAUUUCCUCUUUCCUGACUGCCUCUGCACUCUUAAAGUGGCAGUGCACAGUGAAGAAAGUGAAAGGAUUUCGCCACAAGUUGAUCAGGCUGUUGAUUGUGGCCUGUGAAAUGUUGUCCCACUCCUCUUCAAUGGCUUUGCGAAGUUGCUGGAUAUUGGUGGCAACUGGAACACGCUGUCUUACACGUCGAUCCAGAGCAUACCAAACAAGCUCAAUGAGUGACAUGUCUGGUGAGUAUGCAGGCCAUGGAAGAACUGGGACAUUUUCAGCUUCCAGGAAUUGUGUACAGAUCCUUGCGACAUGGGGCCAUGCAUUAUCAUGCUGAAACAUGAGGUGAUGGCGGCGGAUGAAUGGCAUAACAAUGGGCCUCAGGAUCUCGUCACGGUAUCUCUGUGCAUUAAAAUUGCCAUUGAUAAAAUGCAAUUGUGUUUGUUGUCUGUAGCUUAUGCCUGCCCAUACCAUAACCCCACCGCCACCAUGGGGCACUCUGUUCACAAUGUUGACAUCAGCAAACUGCUCGCCCACACAACGCCAUACGUGUGGUCUGCGGUUGUGAGGCCGGUUGGACGAACUGCCAAAUUCUCUAAAACGACGUUGGAGGCGGCUUAUGAUAGAGGAAUGAACAUUAAAUUCUCUGGCAACAGCUCUUGUGGACAUUCCUGCAAUCAGCAUGCCAAUUGCAUGGUCCCUCAAAACAUGAUACUUCUGUGGCAUUGUAUUGUGUGCCAAAACUGCACAUUUUAGAGCAGCCUUUUAUUGUCCCCAGCACAAGGUGCACCUGUGUAAUGAUCAUGCGGUUUACUCAGCUUUUUGAUAUGCCACACGUGUCAGGUGGAUGGAUUAGCUUGGCAAUGGAGAAAUGCUCACUAACAUGGAUGUAAACAAAUUUGCGCACAACAUUUGAGAGAAAUAAGCUUUUUGUACGUAUGGAACAUUUCUGGGAUCUUUUAUUUCAGCUAAUGAAACAUAGGACCAACACUUUACAUGUUGCGUUUUUAUUUUUGUUCAGUGUAGCUCUUUUAUUACAAAGCCUAGCUGAGAAAAGAACACAAGGCUGAAUAGAGAUAUAUUGGUAUAUAAUGUGAGAUUAUAUAGGCCUACAGUCUCCAGGCCUAAAGCAUUCAGUUACCAGUCCAUUUAUCUAAAGUUCAAAGGUGUGAUAGGUGUGGUAGGCUCAGAAGCUCCUCUGCCUAUAUGCAAACAACGUGCUGCGUGUAGGGCCCCCAACCAUGGGGGGGGGGAGUGAGUCAGGAUCUCAACUUACUGUUAAGAUAGCAUAGUAAAAUACACAACCUGCAAUUUGGAAGUUUAGCACAUCAGCAGUUUUCCUCUUGUCAGUCACUGACAGUCAAUCAAUUAGCCAAUGUCAGCUAACAUUUUAUAGAUUGCUAGGUAAGUUAGUCUAGCCAGCUAUCUAAACCUUGUAGGAACCAGCUAUCUAAACCUUGUAGUAACCAGCAGCCCUGACCUCCAUAUGAACAUGGCAAAAGUCAUGGCAAAAUGUGUAGAACUGCUGGGACUAAGCUUUAAAACUGCAACAUUUUCUCUCUGCCCCAUGGAAGAAUUUGAGGUGCUUCUGGGUAGAGUGAGUGAAGCCACACAAAAAUUACAAGCAAAUCAAUUGCGGCAGAGUGCAUUGGAGAAUUGGAAAAUCCACUCUAGUAUGACUUUUUUUGUCCAUGUGUCUUUCAUUCCACUGGCAGGGUUGAGAGGAAGGAACGAGCACGUCUAAAGACAGUGAAGUUCAAUGCCAAACCUGGAAUCGAUUCAAAAGGGGUAAGUGCUAAGAUCUUAUACUAAGGACUGGAAAGCCAACUAAACUUUCGAAGACAUUUUACAAAAUGGAAAUGGUCGUAAACCUAUAUAUCAUAUGAAGUAGAAAAAGUAGCCUCUAAACGUAGUUUUUAUCUAAAUUGAUGUGAAAUUAAUCAGAUUUCCCCUCACAUUAGGAGAGGUUGUGAAAGUCAUUUAUGGCCAUCUAUAGUAUUAGCCCGAGGUCUCUCUGCCUGAGUGGAAAAGACAUCAACACAUCUCUACAGGCUGCCCCCUCUCCCCUGACAGCUUUCCCUCACAGCCCUGACCCUAAAUAAACAUUGCACAUUAGAUAUAUAUAUAUUUCUUAAUGAAGCAUUAGAGGCUAUUCUUUUCAUUUCAUGUCCUGAAACUGCCCAGCCUCUGCAGAAGCAGAAUCCAAAUCACCAUACUUCGUACUCUUUGUCCAGUUUGGCCAUGUUCAUCAAUGUUUUUGCCUACCUAUGUUACAAGUAAAGAGCAGAUUUUGUGUUGUAUUUGCUGUCUUCUUAUUAAAAAGGGUUCCAAUAGGUUUUGGAGGGUUAGGCCAUACAAAUAUAUUUAUUUCUCAAAAAUACAAUUAAAAUUGAAAAAAUUGAAAAGUUGUACUGACAAAUUGCACGGUUUUAGCAAAAAUAAUGUCCUCAAGCUUCCAGUAAGGAGAUACACAACUUCCUCUUAGAUUAUGGCUGAACUAUACCUCUUUUAGCCUCCCAAAGAGGCUAAAAUAUCUUGAUUUGAUCGCUAGGUGUUGAACUAAGGUCGAUAUACGUGUAUUUGAACAAGAAGGUCCACUUUUUUUAUUUAUUUUAUUUGCUUGCGUGCCUCACUUUUCAAAAAAAUUAAUCUGUUUAACAUUUAAUUACAUUUGUAUGGCCUUAGGGUAUACCCAUAACCCUUUUAAUCUGAAUAAGCUUGAUAUGUCUGUUGGGCAAGUAUCCAUGGCAAUGUCAUAACCAGCUCUGAAUGUGUUGGUCUUGUAAAGCAGACUUUUGAAACAUGAAAUGGUCCCUGUAUUUUGAUGUGGCUCUGGGCAAACUGUCAGCACCAAUGGGCUAAGAAGCAGGAUUUCUCCAGCAGUUGUGUCAAUACAAUAAUUCCCAUACAGUCAGUGACUUGCAUAACUGAUCAGGUUUAAAUCCCUAAGGGGGUGAAUACUUAUUAUAGGCUGUAUGCAUUGUUUACAGCAUAUUCUUUACAGCUAUGAUUAAUAGCAAUAGGACACUCUAAGUGUGCGUCCCAAAAUACAUCCUAUUCCUUAUAAAGUGCACUACUUUUGACCAGAGCCCUAUGGGCCCUGGUCAAAAGUAGUGCAUUAUAGGAGAAUAGGGUGCCAUUUGGGACAGCCUUAAUUACAUGAGAUGAGGCUUGUUUGGUGUGUAAUAUCACGAUUUGUAGAAAUAGUACAUAUUCUGAGCACACAUUGCAGUAGUAGCAUUGCUGUAUCCUUCUCAAUUGUAAAUUAAUACGAUAAUUAGUCUGUCACAGAUGUUACAUAUGUGCCAGUAUGUCAAUCCUUAUGAUAACCCUGUGUAAGAAUCACAACCACUGUGAUACAACUUACAUCUCACUACUUGAUACAAUUCUCAACUUUUAUGCACACCUUAAUCCACCCAUUGGACACACUUAUUUCAGCUGACAGUUACAUUUUACAUUUUAGUAAUUUAGCAGACGCUCUUAUCCAGAGCGACUUACAAGAGCAAUUACGGUUAAGUGCCUUGCUCAAGGGCACAUCGACAGAUUUUUCACCUAGUCGGCUCGGGGAUUAGAACCAGUGACCUUUCGGUUACUGGCACAACGCUCUUAACCACUAAGCUACCUGCCGCCCAGUUAGAGCCAAAUGUAUCAAACACGUGCAGUUGAGGCUAUUAUUGAACCAGUUGCGGUGAUCAUUGCUGGUUUAAAGAUUAUACCUUUUAGAAUGGAUUUAUGAAGCACAUGUAUGCAAAUGAAUAUCCGCUGCAGAGAAACACCACAACUGCAAUUCCUUCACUCUGCUCCACGUCACCUCCUAGGUUCUCAAACAGCACUACGCACAACUUCUCUCCUUUAAGAAUAUUUUUUGUAAUUAGAGACACACAAACUUUUGAUCAAUCUGACCCCUUUGUGUCAUAAUUCUUUGUAUGUUUGUUCAUUUAGGAUUUUAUAUCUUCACAAGCAUAUCUAAAUAUAUAGUUUUAGGCAACAAUGACAUCAUUUUAGCUCCUAGAACUCCCAACAACCAUGGCAUGGGAUCUCAUCCCUCCACCUCCCAAAGUUUUACCCUGCAUGAUUGUUGGAGAAUCAUUUGUCACAGCCAUGUUCCUUAUUUCAUAGCAUGAUCCUGGUAACGUGUUUGCUGCAUGGCAUACCACAUAUCAGCAUUUAUGUGUGUGUUCUUUUCAACACCUGUUCUGUUAUUUCGUUUUAUUUUCAAGUGUUUGAGAAUGUCUCGGGUGCAAUUAUGGCACAUGAUGUAAAUGAUGGCAAAUAUUACUGUGUAAUUAUUCUCUAUCACAAGUUGAGUCAUUUUGACAGUGUUAUUGUCAAACCGCGUCUUUUGUUAUUACAAAUCAAAUUUGUAAAACAAAAUGAGAGAUUUGUGAAAUGUCUUGAUUAAUUCAUGGAAUCUUUUCUUUGCUGAAUCAACAACAUUCAAAAUGAUUAGGUUAUUAUAAUUAAACCCUGCUUUGAGGGAUGAAUCAGCUAGUGUAACGUCAGUACUGUAAUGUCAGUUAUGUAGAACAUUUUUGGUGACCACGCCAUCAAUUCUUCAUGUCCCACAUAUUGCAACUAGUUGGUUUGUCAGCAUGAAUGUGACAACAAUUAGAGCUCCCUGUUUGCCCCACCCCAUGCUUUCUUUCCUCCACAGUCAUUCAAUGACAAGCGUAAAAAGAACCUCAUCUUUACACGAAAGUUCCCAUUCUACAAGAACGAGCUGGGUGAGCAGGAUGACAGUGAUUCUGAACGUAAGUACUGUAGGUACACACACUGACACAGGUACACAUAGGUGAUACAUAGGUGCGUUGUCGAGACGUGUGCAGUCCCCCCUCCUAUCUUUUUUUGUCUAUCUUUUGGGCUCUGGUGGAGUGAUGGCAUCUGGAAGCUCAGGUCAGGAUCAGCCUGUGUCAAGCACUGAGCAGUCACCAGUGAUUCCUCAAAACUUCCCCCAGGGCUCAUCUAUCAUAUUCCCCCCGGGCUCAUCUAUCAUAUUCCCCCCUUAUCUGAUAUGACCUAAAAAUAUAUCUGAUAUGACCCCCAAAAAAAUACAUACACAUACGUAUUUUUAAUAACAGCAUGUGAGGAUUACAGAAAGGGGUGAUAUAAGAGAACCGAAACUGUACUGGUGCUGAGCUAGUUAGGACCGGUUUUGGAUGGUCGUCUGGUGUCUGCACAGUGUCUGAACUGAGACAGAUGAUCUGAGCUGGACUAACCAAUCUUGCCUUUCAGGAUUUCACAGUUUCACCUCUUUAAUGCCUCUUACCUCUUCCUUCCUCCUUUCCGGCUAUCCUUGCCCCCUCUCCUUGUCUUUGCUCUCUUGGGACGGCCAUGUAGGACAUCCCAGGAAUAGGUGACGACGGGUAUGGGACAAAGACGCUGAGUAAGUUGGUUUAGGAAUGGUCCUGUCUGUACAGUCAAACAAAACAUUUCCCGUUUGGGUUUGUUUCCUCCCUCUUUAUUUUUUCGCUACCUUAUUAAUUAUUUUUGAUAGCCUGUUUGCAUGCUGCAGUAUCACGACUCAGUUUGGGUCCUGAUUGCAUUGAUUUCUGUGACCUCCUAACAUUAAGAUUGUUUGCAUGACACAAAAAAGAAAGACAGAAAAAAAGUGUUUAAGUCUGGAAAUAAAUGUACUUUCUUUUUACGCAACUUGUCUGUUUAUGGUAAAUCUCUUUCUUUCUAUAACAGACUGGUGUUAUCUGUUUGGAUGUACACUGGUCAUCUGAAUGUGAUCAGCUCUUUUUAGGCUGGCAUGCUAAGGGGUUCUUACUGUCAAUGCUGUGUAUACUUUUUUAAUUAUCUCAUAUAUAGUACAUUUUGAAUGUUUGAAUGUUCCUCCAUGGAAUGAGUUUGACACCCCUGCUCUAUGUUGAUGCAUUGUUGAAUCCCAUGAAAAGAAAGAGGUACAAAGUGGAAAACUGCUCGUCUCCCAUUUCUUUGGUAUCACAACUUUUUAUUUUACUGCAACAAUAAUGGACACCCACCUUUUUAACGUUUGCUUUCUCCUCUUUUUUUAUAUAACUAUUAUAGAUUAUUAUAGAUGUUAUGUUGAGUCCAAAUCCCGGGAUCAGAGUAGAAAUGGAUGCAGAACAAAAUCAUGUUGGUACUGUCUUGAGUUUCAUAUGAAAUAAAAAAGCAACAAUAAUGUGAAGUGGAUUUACACUUUAUAAUUACAAUAAAACUAUGGCUAGUAUGGGGGGAAUUUUGAGGUGGCCAUGUUUUGCGCGUACUAACCAAUUAACUUAACAUGCCAUCUCAAAGAAGCACCAAUUAAAUACAACUGAGUUACCAGAUAACAGUUCAUUUAGGUUUUAUAGGUGUUAUGCUGAAGCUUUGAAACUCAAGCAGGGCACUUGGUGUGGUAUAGUACAAGGUUAAAUGAAUCAUGACAAAUCGUUUUUUUUAGGUUUUGAGACAAGCACACAAAGUGAUCAUCCUCCUGAGAGCUAUAGUCAUGACCUAAAUUAAAUUAGGCCUAUAUUGACAAUCUUUUGACUAGAGAAACUGAUUUGCCGUCAUAUUAUUGAAGUGUAUGGACAAGUAGUACAGUGAAGCGACCAAUAUCACAAUUGUCAUAACUUGACUGAUGGUCAAGGGUUCCUUUUGAGGUCCAUAUGGCAGUCCCUACCAGCUGUAGGUUGAUUAUCCACUCAGUCCACUCAAUUGUGGCCACAGCUCUUAAUGGAAAGGCAUCCACUGGUCGCAACUGCAGACGACAGAAAAGGACCUCAGUUUGUUGGUUUGGGAUAAAAUGCAUACAGUGGGGGAAAAAAGUAUUUAGUCAGCCACCAAUUGUGCAAGUUCUCCCACUUAAAAAGAUGAGAGAGGCCUGUAAUUUUCAUCAUAGGUACACGUCAACUAUGACAGACAAAAUGAGGAAAAAAAAUCCUGAAAAUCACAUUGUAGGAUUUUUAAUGAAUUUAUUUGCAAAUUAUGGUGGAAAAUAAGUAUUUGGUCACCUACAAACAAGCAAGAUUUCUGGCUCUCACAGACCUGUAACUUCUUCUUUAAGAGGCUCCUCUGUCCUCCACUCGUUACCUGUAUUAAUGGCACCUGUUUGAACUUGUUAUCAGUAUAAAAGACACCUGUCCACAACCUCAAACAGUCACACUCCAAACUCCACUAUGGCCAAUACCAAAGAGCUGUCAAAGGACACCAGAAACAAAAUUGCAGACCUGCACCAGGCUGGGAAGACUGAAUCUGCAAUAGGUAAGCAGCUUGGUUUGAAGAAAUCAACUGUGGGAGCAAUUAUUAGGAAAUGGAAGACAUACAAGACCACUGAUAAUCUCCCUCGAUCUGGGGCUCCACGCAAGAUCUCACCCCGUGGGGUCAAAAUGAUCACAAGAACGGUGAGCAAAAAUCCCAGAACCACACGGGUGGACCUAGUGAAUGACCUGCAGAGAGCUGGGACCAAAGUAACAAAGCCUACCAUCAGUAACACACUACGCCGCCAGGGACUCAGAUCCUGCAGUGCCAGACGUGUCCCCCUGCUUAAGCCAGUACAUGUCCAGGCCCGUCUGAAGUUUGCUAGAGUGCAUUUGGAUGAUCCAGAAGAGGAUUGGGAGAAUGUCAUAUGGUCAGAUGAAACCAAAAUAUAACUUUUUGGUAAAAACUCAACUCGUCGUGUUUGGAGGACAAAGAAUGCUGAGUUGCAUCCAAAGAACACCAUACCUACUGUGAAGCAUGGGGGUGGAAACAUCAUGCUUUGGGGCUGUUUUUCUGCAAAGGGACCAGGACGACUGAUCCGUGUAAAGGAAAGAAUGAAUGGGGCCAUGUAUCGUGAGAUUUUGAGUGAAAACCUCCUUCCAUCAGCAAGGGCAUUGAAGAUGAAACGUGGCUGGGUCUUUCAGCAUGACAAUGAUCCCAAACACACCGCCCGGGCAACGAAGGAGUGGCUUCGUAAGAAACAUUUCAAGGUCCUGGAGUGGCCUAGCCAGUCUCCAGAUCUCAACCCCAUAGAAAAUCUUUGGAGGGAGUUGAAAGUCCGUGUUGCCCAGCGACAGCCCCAAAACAUCACUGCUCUAGAGGAGAUCUGCAUGGAGGAAUGGGCCAAAAUACCAGCAACAGUGUGUGAAGACUUACAGAAAACGUUUGACCUGUGUCAUUGCCAACAAAGGGUGUAUAACAAAGUAUUGAGAAACUUUUGUUAUUGACCAAAUACUUAUUUUCCACCAUAAUUUGCAAAUAAAUUCAUUAAUAAUCCUACAAUGUGAUUUUCUGGAUUUUUUUUUCUCAUUUUGUCUGUCAUAGUUGACGUGUACCUAUGAUGAAAAUUACAGGCCUCUCUCAUCUUUUUAAGUGGGAGAACUUGCACAAUUGGUGGCUGACUAAAUACUUUUUUCCCCCACUGUACUUGAAAAGCCUGUUUGCAUAGUGCAGCAGAGGAGUUGAACUCCCUUGGCAACAGACAGUCCCAAGCAUUAUAAACUCUCUCAAUCCCUAUUUUUAGUAUGGCGAAGUCACAAUUUACACCAAGAGCGUUUUCAUUGCAAGUGUCUAAUCACUUCUUUACUCAUCCAGAUUGACAUUUCUCCUGUCGUGGGACACUUGAUCAAGAGAAUUAGCAUGAACAUGCAUGUAAUGUUUGUUUUAGUAACUGUUUUCUGUUUAAUAGUACCUAUUUUAGUGACUGUUUACUUAUUGUUUUAUGUCACCAGGGAGUCAAGAGGACAUGAUUCUCUCUUAUGAGCCUGUCAUUCGACAAGAGAGUGAGUACUCCAAUCUUUCACCAAAGCAGUCCUUGUUUAUGCCUCAGCACUUUUUCAGUCAGUGAAACAUUAGCCACUUACACAUUGUCAUGCUAUAUCCAUGUAAGCCCGUGUGUACUAGCGGCAGAAGGUUUUAAAAUCCAGAUUUAAAACAAUUGAUGACUUCCUCUAACUCCUGCGGGAAGAUUCAGGCAAGAUUCAACAAGUUCUUCCAUACUAGUUAUUUACAGGAAGUAAUCACUUGUUGAAUCUCUAGACAUCGAAACCGUUCUGGCACUAGCAUGCAUUGGCUUGCUCGGAUAUAGCGUGAAAAUGGAUAAGCGGCUAUUGUAGUGAAAUUGCAUGCUCACAUUUACUGCAGAGAGUAAUGCUAGGGGCACAGUUAUAGCCUUGAAUGUCUGUAAAUGAGUCAAUUGACACAUUUUAUCUUUCAGUUAAUUACGCCAGACCCGUCAUAAUCCUUGGACCAAUGAAGGACAGAAUCAAUGAUGACCUGAUAUCAGAAUUCCCUGACAAAUUUGGCUCCUGCGUGCCACGUAAGUACAUGUACCUUCGCAAGGAAACCAGGGGCCGUAUGUAUCAAGCUUCUCUGAGUAAGAGCGCUGAUUUAGGAUCAGUUUUGCCUCUUAGAUCAAAAUGGAUAUGAUUUCAUGGACAGGCAGGACCUGAUCCUAGGUCAGCACUCCUACUCUGAAACGAUACAUGAUACUUGAUGCUGUCUUAGGGUGGAGACAGUUGCUGCAUCAAUAAUACAUUGUGUGAUCAUGUGCCCUUGUGAUUAGCUCUCCCUAUAAACAGUAGAUAACACCGUUGCCCUGAUAAAUUCCACUGUGCUGCCAAUAUACCAUUGUGAUGGUGGUUUAUACCCGUUUCCUUCAUUUGUUAUGUCGUUAUAGUGUUUGAUUCAUUAUUUUUCCUAAUUUCUCACCAAAAGGCAUUUCAUUUCAUCCCCUUACAUGUUUUGUUGGGUUCUUUAUUUUGUAUAUUACAUACUUGGUUAAAUUAUCCAGAGAUGAUUUCUUGAUGACAAUAAUAAUGUAGGAUCUUAUUCCCUUCUAUUCACGUGCAAUUUCAUUGAACCACUAAAGGGGAAGUUCAGGAUUUUAGAACUUGAUGUUAGAUGGUUCCUCACACUGAAUGUAGUCUAUGGGCCAGGAGACACUGUAAUCCAUGGUUAGGUUUUUCUUGAAACAAUUACUACAAACUUCAGCUAACUUUAGCCACAGCUAGCUAACACUCUAUUUUAUUUAGAUUUUUGCAUAAUUCAGCAGAAGCUAUGGCAACAAAUCCAAACAAAUUUGGAUUUAGUUUUUACAGACAACUAGUUUUGGUGUUUUGGUCGUUUGUUGUUUAAAAGCUUUAUGACUGUUGUAGACCAGUAUGAAAGAUAGUGUGACCAUACUACUAAGUUCAAAGGUUCGUGGACAGUAGUGUUUCUGGCUUAAAGGGGCAUUUUACUCUAAAACCACUUUUCACACAUUUCUCGUCUGUACACCAUUAAUAUGGUCUCACAAUCCAAUUAUUUUGCACUUUCAAGCCUCAUGGCUGUCCUAAUAGCAGGCCUGUGAUUAAUUCCUGGAAAAGUUGUGGAUCUUUUUUGCUCCUGUUUGAUUUUGGGAAUCAGGAGACUGAACGUAAUGUAAUGAAAGUGAUCUUGAAAACGUGAAUUUUUGGGACUUUAUCAAAAGUGGACUAAACUAAAUUGAGUAAUGAUCCUUUAAAUACAGUUUAAAAGUAUUACAAUAGUAUUUAAUACUAUUGUACAUUUUACACCACUGUGUACUUGAUAUAUUUUGUUUGUUUUCAUUUACUUAUCUUUUUAUUCCAUCUAUUUUUUAAACCAAAUAAAGCGGCUAACAGUUCAGGGCAACGAGGUAAGUAAGCCACUUAGUUGCUGGUAUACAGAAUAUAUGUAGUGAAAGGUAGUAGAAUAAGUUCCACUCUGUCGUAAACAUUUGAUUCAAAAUGUACUUUAGUAGAAGUAUUGACAUAAAAAAAAUAUAAAAAUGCCUCUCUAUACACAUUUACCUGGAGAUCUACAGAUUCACCGUGGGGAAUGUGUAGAUUUCUGUUAUCACUGGUAAAUUGAUAGAUUCCCCGGAAAAACCUACAACAUUUUUUACCAGUGCGACAGAGAAUCUAUAGAUUUCCAGGGGAAUCUAUAGAUUUUCCUAUUAUACACAUUUACUGUAACACGUAUACCAAAAAUUCAGAUCGAACAAAAAGCACAUUUAGGGCUUGAUUCAACCCCUAUCGCGGAAGUUCAGCAUUUUAGCGCAAUUUAAAAUGUAAAGGUAAUUUCCGAUUGAGCCGACAUAUGCAGCGUUUACCGUAAAUACAGUUUCUGCGAACGUGGGAACAUUGCCUUUAAAUUUUAAUUGCGCUAAACUUCCGCGAUACGGAUUGAAUCGACAUAACACUUACACUGGGUUUACAUUCUAUCACUCUGCAAACCCUGCACCCUCCAGAUAUCAGUGUAGGUGCACUAGUUUUUAUGGUUUCAAAACUAUCAUGUUAUUUUGAAAUGUUUUAUUCUAACAGUGCACAAUUAAUUAGUUUGUUUACACACACAAACAGGCAGUUGUGUUUAUGUAUCUACAAUCAAAUCAAAUUGUAUUGGUCACAUACACGUGUUUAACAGAUGUUAUUGCGGGUGUAGCGAAAUGCUCACACUGUGCAUACCUUUGUAACUAUCUUGUAGAUAAAAAGGUAUUAGGGUCACUUGUUGUAAAGUGGGACCAUACUAACAAAUGACAUUAAAGCUAGAAUCCUUAGUUGCUACAGCCAUUUGUGGACUUAUAAAUUAAUGAUCUAAACCCAUUGAUUCUUGAAGAAUAUAACUUAUAAAUGCCUCAUGAGCUUAGUUCAACUGUCGUAACCCAUCAGAACCCAAAAAAUACGCUUGUUUCAAUGCAAUGUUUGUAAACAAUGUAAAUGUAAACAAACAUUAUAUAGCCUCAAAACAUGGUUAAAACUAUAUAUUUUUUUAUAUCAUGGAUGGUCAGUCCUUGCAUACAUAGCUCUGACUGUGAAUUUGAAAGGGGUUACAUUUCUCCAGGCCCAUCCCUCAGCUUUCUACCAAAACAGAGGCGGGGUGACCGCUUUAUUGUUUCAAUUAAGGACUAUCUUUAAAUGUCGCCUUGCGAUCAACAUUUUUCUCCUGAUUGUUUAAAGACCUUGAUUUCAAAGUGGUUGAAUAACGUUUGUGUGUUUUCCUAACAAAUAGAUAACGUUUUAUUUUAAAUGUCAGGUAGCCUAGUGGUUAAGAGCGUUGGGCCAGUAACCGAAAGGUUGCUGGUUUGAAUCCCCAAGCCAGCUAGGUGAAAUAUCUGUCGAUGUUCCCUUGAGCAAGGCACUUAACCCCAAUUACUCCUGUAAGUCACUCUGGACAAAAUGUAUACAUUUUUUUGUCAUCCGAUGGACGGUUGUAGAUGCCGUCUGAUUUUAUUGAGACACAUCGCCCUAUAAAUUGGGAUUAAAUAUGUCCUUGACGUUUAUCUAGGAUGAUAUUGAAUUUGUUUCAAGGACACAAUGACUGACUUAAGUUGUUAAACCACUCACUCUAAACACUGCCCCCUCUAUAACUUGCUCUUCAACAAUAAGUUGCACAUUCAGUUAAACAGUUUCCUUCUUUUUAAUUGUACUUUCUGUAUUUAAAUUAACUUUAUUUUACCUUUCUUUUCCUCCUCCUCUUGUACCAAAGAUACCACUCGAUCGAGGAGGGACUACGAGGUCGAUGGGCGGGACUACCAUUUUGUAAUGUCCAGAGAGCAGAUGGAGCAGGACAUCCAAGAGCACAAGUUCAUCGAGGCGGGCCAGUACAACGACAAUCUGUAUGGAACCAGUGUUCAGUCGGUCAAAUAUGUGGCUGAGAGG